AUGGUCGACUUUUUCAGCGCGGGCCGAUAUGAUUCUCGAGGUUCAUAGGAGAAAAAGAGGAUUUCUGUAAUAAUACUAGCCAAGAUUCGGAUCAAUUUGAACCAAAUUUGUUGCAAGAAGCCGAUUGAACCAAGUUUUUUCUAAAUAUUGGAGAGUUUUCGAAUCAAUUUGAGCCAAAAAUUUGUUGCAAAAUGUUGUUUUGAGCCACGUUCGUUUCACGAGAAAAGGAUUUUUUGGAUCGAGCUCCACCAAAUUUUGUUUUUUUUUUCUCAAAAGUUUCUGGGAAAAUGUUUAGUGGCCACUAUAGUAGUCAAACUAGUGGCCGCUUAAGGGGUUAAAAAUUAGUGGCCACUAUAGAGGUCUAAGAGCUACUACUAGACCACAAAAAAUUUUAGUGUCCACUUUAGAGGUCAAUGGAUCAACAUAACUGGUCCAAUCUGUUUGUUUUAAAAUUAUCAGACUGGAAGGAAUACUGGAUGAAAAACUACUGAAGUGGCCACUAAAACGGAAAAUAAUGGCCACUAUAGAGGUGGGUUUAGUGGCCACUUUAGUGUCCUCUCGAAGUAGUCCUUGGCGAGCCUCUAUAGGUUAUAGUGGCCACUAAAAUUUUCCCAGUUGCACGACGAAUAGAAUUUUAUGUUCAAAAAAAUCUCAUUCAGCCUCAUCUCGAUAUCUCACCAAAGUCGACGAAAACUACUAUGGAGACACUUUGGCGCCACAGCUUCCCCGUACGCCGGCGCCGCGGACGCCGAAAAUGCGCCCGCAAAGACUGAAGCCGUCGGUCAAGAGCGUUCCCAGGAAGCAGAAGCUGAACAUCUCGGCGCCUCCAAACAACUCACUCCUCAUUAACUUUCCCCUCGGAUGCAACGCCGACGAAGACGUCGUCCGCAAGGAGUUGUCCAGGUCUGGAUGAACCCGAAAAUCAUACUAAAAAUGACCGAAAAAUGAUCCUAUACCAAGUUUAACUGAAAUUAAUCAGACUUCUUUUCGAGACCUUUGUUUUUUGCAAUUAUGUAAAGUCCAAAAAAAAUUAUAUUCAUUGUAUCUUUUCUGCCGAGAUUUUAAAAAUUUGCUGAAGGUGCUGGUGAAAAAGUGUUCUUCAAGAAACAACAGUUUCCAGAUUCGGCAAGGUCAAGUCGGUGAGCUCAUGCUUCAUCGACGGCUGCCAGUCCUUCGUGAUCAUGGACGACGAUAUCCGUCGCGUCGGCGGAGAGUACGCCGUCACUUCUGGAGACUCGGCCGUCGAGCGGAUCAUCAACGACAAUCGAGGCCUUCUCUCGGUCCACGGCUUCAUCUGGACCGUCACACGGCCUUCUGAUCAGACGUCCUGUCAUCAGGUGAGAGAGCUGAGAAAAUCACACGGAGAAAUUAUUUCAGUCGCGAAUGGGUGGAAAUGAUCUCAUCGACGGUCCGAGUCCGUUACGGCGAGGUCGACUGAACAAGCUGGCUGGGGCGACUACCUUGAUGAACGUCUAUCAGAAUUAUCGGUAUCAUCACAUGGUGAGACUGGAGAUUGUUUUUAAGUGUUACAGGGAUAAUGGGUCUUCUUCUUAGGAGCUCCAGAGUGGUCCCUAUAGGGCAACUUUAGGGGACCUUCAAGGGAUCCAUUUACCCCUAUAGUGAUCACUUUGACGUUCCUAUGUUUGUUUGAGAGUAUCUAAAUUUUGAAAAAUAUUCUCCGAAACGGCGAAGACUCCCUAGAGAUUUACUAAUCAUAUGAUAUAGUUGGUUAACUCCAAUCAUCCUCCGUUCUCAUUCUUUGUUUUUCCAGCAAGCCUCCUCAGUCACGUCGAAAACCUCGACCGCCGCUUCGACCUCCUCCAUCAACCCCAUCAGCGAAAAAUCGUCGUUCUUCAGCUCCACCCCCUCCACCUCGAUCUCCUGCUCCUCGGCUGGUCCCUCGACCCUCCUCCAAGUCUCCUCCUUCGAGUCGGUCGCCUCCAACGCCACCUCGUUCCUCCUCCAGAACUACCCCAUAGCUCCUGUCAACUUCGCCAAAGGCUACCUUCCAUUGGCGCCACCCUAUCAUAUCCUUCCCGACACGCCUUUCUUCAGAAAUACUAACAUUAUCCCGCCGCCAAGGAGGCCGAAUGAAGGCGUUGGAACGCUGCAGAGAAUCCUCAACCGGUAUUUGGAGAGCAUGGAGGUUGGUUCAAGGUCUUCUUUGUUGAAAAGUCUAGGUUUUCCAGCAGAACGACGAACAGCAGAUAGCGGAGCUGGAGGAGCUCGAAGACUCGCAGUACCAGCUGCAUUUUCCGCCGGUCGAACCUUCGUCCUCGAUGCAGCUCUACACGAUUCAGGAGGUGCCACAGCACUCGCCGCGGCUUCCUUGGUGGAACCGCUUCCAUUGAGGUCGGAUUCUACCUUAUUUGGCCUGUCUGUUUCUCCUUCCUCAAACUUUGCAUUGAAAAAGGGUAUCUAAUUCCCCAAGACUUCAAAAAAAUCUGGUUUCUCUGCUCCCACUUGCCUCGGCGCAGCUCUCUUUUCUUUUUUACCGUCUCGACGGUGAGAGAGAAGAGAGGCCAGACAGAUCAUACUGUUUCAAGCCGUGGCUAAUGUAUUAAUGAAUUAUACAAAUAUAUUAAGGAAUUUAUCGAAACUAAUUCAAAACUAAUAAUCACUCCUUCAAAUUUUGAAAAGAAUAAAGAAGGGUCAGCUCUAUCUACCGUUAAAACCAUUGAUCAAUUGGAUUCUUAUUUUUUUCACCUCACAGUGCUCUUUUUCAUUAGAAUUAUCAAAUAAUCUUUAUUUUUCAGAACCUCAUUUUUCGACUCAACCUCAGCCCUGUACAAAGUCACCCGAGAAGAAAACGGAUGCAACUCAUGAAAAUUUCCUUUUUUAUUGUCAUUUCCCGCUUCAAUCGCUUUCCUUUUCUCAUCGUGCCUUUCCCCUUGUUAUUUUCGUUCCAAUUCUUUGUUGACUGA